UUUUUUAAAAAUAAUUUACCAUAAACAGACAAGAAGAACACGGAAUACUCUCGACAAGAUUUGCUUGGGUUUAGCAGUUUGGAUCUUGUCGCUGAUUCGACCGAACUCACCACUUCUUUGUUUGACGAUUGGCUUUCCGGUGAUCUGCAGCAAGCUGGCUUUAGCGGCGACGAUUCUUCGUCCGACUCGGACUCUAGCUGCCAUAGCCAUAGCCCUGUUCUCUCCCUCAAAAGUGAUUCGCCUGCUCUCGGAUUUGAUUCCAUUACCUCGGACGCAGACUUGAUUCACUCGCCUACAUUUGGAUCGACUAUGGGUUUCUUCCCCGAUAUCAACCUCACUGCCAGUCGCUUGUUCGCAAACCUCAACGAUGGUACUAAUAUUGACACGAACUCGCCCCUUAAUGCCUCCGCCAACAACCAUGUCGUUGCUACGACAGCCACAGAUGCAAGCAAUAUUAACAGUGCAGCAACUACAUCAUCCCCCAUGAUGCCUUUGACCCCCGAGGCUGUUCGACAAGCCGCUAUUGCGCUCAACAUCCCAUGGAGCAAAGCGUUGGAAGAAGCUGUGUUGGCACAGUCAUUGUUGGCAUCUCUCCCUAUGACUUUGCCCAUUAUGACAACGCCCCUUAGACAGUCCACGACGCCGUCACAACCAACGACGCCCCCUCAGUCCAAUGCCACUGUUACUUCCAUUGCCAACAUGGUGCCUAAACAAGGCGCUAGUAUUAAUGUCGCUCACGACAGUACCAUGGAUAUAUCCCCUCCAUGCACGCCUGUGAUGUCCACAAUCUCAAGCCUGUCUCCCCUGUAUACCCAACCUAUGGGGAGCCCUUCAUCCUCUUCCUUGGCCAGUCCCUUGUCACCGACGAUGACAAUGGCGACUACGAGCCCAAAGUCAUCAGCACCGUCUACUCCGAGGCUAUCUAUUUUGAGUAGCACACAGACUCGUUUGCCUAUUGGCAAUAGCAACACCACGAUCCAGGCAACGACCUACAAGAGUACUUACAGGACUGCAUCGCUUUUCAAGCGAAAUCGUGAGUUGGAGCAACCCCCAUCGGUUUUGGAUGGCAAGGACCUUUCAGAGCUGGAUGAGGUGGCAUUGAAGCGAGCCAAGAACACGGAUGCAGCCCGUCGAUCUCGUCACAAGAAGUUGGUUCGGAUGGAAAGUCUUGAGCAACGUGUUGCAGAAUUGGAGGUUGAGAACUCGAUGUUCGAGUCAAAGUUGAAUGAAGUGGAAUUGGAACGGUCCUUGUUGGCGGAUAAGGAUCAGAUGCAACAGGCUCGUAUCCAGGAGCUUGAGCAAAUGCUUGCAUCUAUGCGGGAAAAACAGUAUUAAAAAAAAAAAAAAAAAAAAAAAAACAUAAGGUCAUUAGAACUCUCCUUUCUUUCUCAUUUCAUUCCUAUUAGCAUUGAUCAUUAUACAUGUAGUCUAUUUUGCAUAAAAGUAAAAGAUAAAAAAGACAAAAAAGUAUACAU